CCCGAGCCCAUCUCUUAAACCCCUUUUUCUAAAACCCCUCCGUCUCCGAACACAACAAUAUCAAAUCAAUGGCAGCCCUAAUCUCCGAGGCCCUCCCUAAAUUCACCGCCGAGACUCUCCGCUCCGCGGCGAAACAAUCGGAACGAUGCGCCGUCGUGCCACCUCAGCUCCGCCAAGCCAUAGAAACCUAUCUCCAAGAGAAGGAGGAACCUCAUAUGAAGAGAAAUGUGUUGCAAUUAUCGGAGUCAUUUAACAAUAUAAAGGAUGUUAAUUUACAGCUAGCUACCUCGACGUCGAAGGAGUUGGUUGAGCAUCCUCUUAAGUCGAUGGAGAGUUCGAAAAGGUGGAAAAUUAAGAGCUUGUAUGGGGAAACUGGGCUCAAGUAUAGGGAAGAUCAGACGGUGGCGUAUGUUGCUUCUCGUAUGCCUGCUGUUUUUUCAGCUUGUCGAAGAGUUCUCAGCGAGGUUCGGAGAAGGGUUCCUGGUUUCUCGCCACACAGGGUUUUGGAUUUUGGUGCUGGUACUGGUUCCGCUAUGUGGGCAGUGCGAGAAGUCUGGCCACAAUCUUUGGAGAGAUUUAACUUGAUAGAGCCAUCACAGUCAAUGCAACGCGCUGGGCAGAGCCUUAUUAAAGAUCUUAAAGACUUGCCACUUAUUCAAAGCUAUAGCAGCAUUCAAUCCCUAACUCAAAGUAUUAAUAAGGCUGAGCGGGAGCACGACCUUGUCAUUGCAUCUUAUGUUCUUGGAGAAAUACCCUCAUUGAAGGACAGGAUAACUAUCGUCCGGCAGCUUUGGGAUCUAACUCAAGAUAUUUUGGUGUUGGUUGAGCCUGGAACACCUCAUGGAGCUAAUAUUAUAUCUCAAAUGCGAUCACAUAUACUAUGGAAGGAGAAAAGGAAAAACCGCAAAUCGGAAGGUACAUCAAAUGGAGCUUCUAUAGAUUUUAUGACCCUCAAAAGUGAUGCACAUAUAGUUGCUCCAUGCCCUCAUGAUGGCGCCUGCCCUUUGGAUAAGACUGGAAAAUAUUGUCAUUUUGUUCAACGCCUGGAGAGGACAACUUCACAACGUGCUUACAAGCGAUCCAAGGGUCAACCAUUACGCGGCUAUGAGGAUGAAAAGUUUUGUUUUAUUGCCUUCAGACGAGGACAACGACCAAGAGAAUCUUGGCCACUUGAUGGUGUGAAGUUUGAUACAUUGAAGGAGCAGCAUGAUAAACGAAAACCAGAAGAUUUUGAGAUUGAUUUCGAUGACCAGCUCGAGUCAGAGGCUGAGAUUGUUCCAGAAGAAGAGGAUCCUGUUUUUUGCGACUCUGAUAUCACAAAUAAUGUUAAUGAAGAUGAAGAUGGAGAAAUUAACCGUGCUGAUCUUGGGGGUGGCUGGGGAAGAAUUAUUUACAGUCCUCAAAAGAGGGGGAAGCGGGUUGAAAUGGAUGUUUGUCGAGCAAUCAAUCGUGAGGGAUCAGAUGGUGCUUUUGAGCGGAUUGUUGUAACACAGGGUAAAAAUCCGGCACUGCAUAAACAGGCAAAAGGAUCUCAGUGGGGUGACCUGUGGCCCUUCUGAGUAAGAGGUUGUUUGUCUGUUCUGUUAGCGAAAGUAAUAUUAAGAAUCCUGCUGCUACAGGCAAAAUAUAUCUCGGAGGACAGACAUAGGGCCUGUUUGCUUUUAUUGUGUAUCGAAGGGAGAUGUAAAUAAUAUGUUGUGAAAUGCAACGACUAGUAAUCGAAAAGGAUAAAUCAGUGUAAUCUUUUUCUUCACAGGUAAGAUGGAUACAUUAUUUGAUUACAUUAUAGACCCGGAGACAAAAAUAAAUGUCUUGAUCAUAAAUCCAAGAGGGGACGUCUUUAUUUGGCUCCA